AUGCUGCUUUUUCGUCUUCUGACUGCCCUUUCGGUUGUUCCUUUCUCGGCAGCACUGACUCGCUACACGAAUAACGACUGGGUCAGUCUUGGCAAUAAUCUAUCCGCCGUGCUUCUGCUACAGGGUCAAUUGCCGCAAGAGGUGUACAAACAGGUCCCAGACCCGGUGUUUUUAGAUGACAGAACAACAAUCAAUCCGUAUGGGCUCGUGAACUUGACUUCUCUGAUGGUGGCUAGCAAGGAGGCCCGUGAAGAACGCCAGGUCGACCACACAGACGUCGAGAUCGUGUCGCAUUUGCUGGGCCUAAAAUUUGACCCUGGUCUGCUUUUCCAAUUGGCACAAAUGGGCCUGGGAGCAGCCGGAGCCACCACGGCACCAGUUUUCGAUAUUACCAUACACGAGCCGCAAUCCACAUCCGACAAGUGUAGGCUCAGAUUCCAGCCCUUGCUUGACUACGCCAGAAUGGCCGGAAAUGCGGCCUACGAAAAGCUUUCCUGGGAAACGCUCCAAAAGGUCGACAGCCCGGUGGAUGUUCCGACUGUGAUCGCGGGGUGGCUCAAAAACGCAUCGAAAAAGAACUUGUGUCAGGGUUUUGUGUACGCAAUCAAAGAUGAUCAUAAACCAGCAGACUACUGGAUCGUUGCAGGAAUACCAUGGACUACUGGUUGCAGCUGCUAUUCCGUCUCUACGGUUAAUGAUCUUGCCAAGUCGCUCCAAGACCUGUGGACAAGUGUGUUUAACCACGAAGCUGAUAGUUCUCUUAUUAUAAUGGAUGAUGGGGGGUCAUGGCGCGCAAAUGUCAUUCUCCUCGAUGGAUGCAACGCAGCCCAGAAGGGGCUGACGUUGUGGUGA